AGGUAGUUUGAAAGUGAGAAUUUAGUGAAGGAAUGCCAAAACGAAGGCAGAAAAAGUGGAGGAUGAUGCCAAAUACACAAAAUGCCGCAUGGGAAUAUUAAGUGUCAUUUGUCAGCUAGCAGAGUAGUUGGUCACUCAUCAUUUCUAUACCUAUAGUAUAAACCAUAUAUCUUCCACAACACCAACUCAGCCAAUUCAAGAACUUGUGGAAUCUUGGUACAGUAACAAACAUGGCAGCUCGCAGACUUUCUUCUUUGCUCUCUCGUUCUAUCCGUUAUCUUCCUUCUGCUUCUUCUGCUCCCCUAGGAAGGAGCCAUGGUGUGGCAAGGCCGAUUCACAGGUUUAGUACUGCUGCAGCUGUUGAGGAAUUAAUCACUCCGCCUGUCCAAGUUAAUAUCACCAAGCUUCUAAUUAAUGGGCAAUUUGUUGAUUCUGCAUCCGGAAAAACAUUCCCAACUUUGGAUCCAAGAACUGGGGAAGUCAUUGCGAAUGUUGCUGAAGGUGAUGCUGAAGAUAUUAAUCGCGCUGUGGCUGCUGCUCGCAAGGCAUUUGAUGAGGGACCAUGGCCCAAAAUGAGUGCUUAUGAAAGGUCACGGAUAAUGCUAAAGUUUGCUGAUUUGGUGGAGAAACACAAUGAUGAGAUUGCAGCUUUAGAAACAUGGGAUAAUGGCAAGCCAUAUUUGCAGGCUGCCGAAGCUGAAGUACCUUCUUUUGUGAGACUAUUUCGGUAUUAUGCUGGUUGGGCAGACAAAAUACAUGGUCUAACCGUACCAGCUGAUGGGCCACACCAUGUACAAAUUUUACAUGAACCAAUUGGUGUUGCUGGUCAAAUAAUUCCUUGGAACUUUCCCCUUCUUAUGUUUGCCUGGAAAGUUGGCCCUGCCCUAGCAUGCGGUAACACUAUUGUCCUGAAGACUGCAGAGCAAACUCCACUGACUGCUCUUUAUGUUGCAAAAUUAUUCCACGAGGCUGGUCUUCCUCCAGGUGUUCUAAAUAUUGUUUCUGGUUUCGGACCAACUGCUGGUGCAGCACUUGCUAGUCAUAUGGAUGUGGACAAGCUCGCUUUCACUGGAUCAACUGAAACUGGACAAACAGUUCUUCAACUGGCUGCCAAAAGCAAUCUGAAACCAGUUACACUCGAACUAGGAGGGAAAUCACCUUUCAUUAUAUGCGAGGAUGCGGACAUUGAUCAUGCUGUUGAGCUAGCACAUUUUGCACUCUUCUUUAAUCAGGGCCAAUGCUGUUGUGCUGGUUCUCGUACCUAUGUACAUGAACGAGUAUAUGAUGAAUUUGUAGAGAAGGCAAAGGCACGUGCAAUGAGACGUGUAGUUGGCGAUCCCUUCAAGAAAGGUGUUGAACAAGGUCCUCAGAUCGACUCGGAGCAAUUUCAGAAGGUUCUGAGGUACAUAAGAGAAGGCCGUGACAGCUCUGCUACCCUUGAAUGCGGUGGUGAUAGAAUUGGUUCCAAAGGCUACUUUAUUCAACCCACUGUGUUCUCAAAUGUCAAGGAGGACAUGUCAAUAGCACAGGAUGAGAUUUUUGGUCCAGUGCAAUGUGUCUUCAAAUUCAAGGAUAUUGGCGAAGUAAUAAAGAGGGCAAACAACACUCGCUAUGGUCUAGCAGCAGGAGUUUUCACAAAGAACAUCGACACAGCAAACACCUUGACCCGAGGACUGAGAGCUGGAACGGUGUGGAUUAACUGCUAUGAUGUAUUUGAUGCUGGAAUUCCUUUUGGAGGGUACAAGAUGAGUGGCAUGGGCAGGGAAAAGGGUAUUCACAGCCUUAACAACUACUUACAGGUGAAGGCUGUGGUUACUCCAUUGAAAAAUCCUGCAUGGAUAUAGAUCGUGGCCACCCUGCUUUUAAAUCAUAAUUGUACUCUCUUUUUUUUUUUUUUUUUUUUGUAAAAUGGGGCACAUUGUUGUGAACAUGACAUCUUUGUCAUCAAUUCCAUAAAGUCUUCAGAUUGUUCA